GUAACGCAGUGCUCUGCUGCCUGGCUCUUCAGGUAGCACAGCUCAACUCCAGGGUUUGGGAAGUGUGAGAGAUAGCUAGUUAGGCAGUGUCAGCCAUGAGUAACCCUUACGCACACAUCAUAGAGCCUUUGGACCCCCAGAAGCCUGAACAUAAAUUCUUCAAUCUUACAAAACUUGGAGACCCUAGAUAUGAACGCCUACCUUUCUCCAUUCGUGUGUUGCUGGAGUCGGCAGUGCGGAACUGUGAUGAGUUCCUGGUGAAGAAGGAGGAUGUGGAGCGCAUCCUCAACUGGAAGCAGACACAGACCCAGACAGUGGAGGUGCCCUUCAAACCAGCUCGUGUCAUCCUCCAGGACUUCACGGGAGUCCCAGCAGUGGUGGAUUUUGCUGCAAUGCGUGAUGCUGUAAAACAGCUUGGUGGAGAUCCAGAGAAGAUCAACCCCGUGUGCCCAGCUGACCUUGUCAUUGACCAUUCCAUUCAGGUCGACUUCAACAGGAAGUCUGAUAGUCUCCAAAAAAACCAAGAACUUGAAUUUGAAAGGAACAAGGAACGUUUUGAGUUUUUAAAGUGGGGUUCUAAAGCAUUCCAGAAUAUGCGCAUCAUUCCUCCUGGCUCAGGAAUAGUGCACCAAGUCAACCUGGAGUAUCUGGCCAGGGUUGUGUUCCAACAGGAUGGUUACUACUAUCCAGACAGCUUGGUGGGAACUGAUUCACACACCACCAUGAUUGAUGGCCUGGGAGUGCUGGGAUGGGGUGUGGGAGGUAUUGAAGCAGAGGCAGUCAUGUUGGGCCAGCCUAUCAGUAUGGUGCUCCCAGAGGUCAUUGGUUACAAACUUCAGGGCACACCGAACAAGUACAUCACCUCUACUGACAUUGUCCUUACGGUCACCAAGCAUUUGCGUCAGGUUGGUGUGGUGGGGAAGUUUGUGGAAUUUUUCGGCCCUGGUGUGGCCCAGCUCUCCAUCGCUGAUCGAGCCACCAUUGCCAACAUGUGCCCCGAGUAUGGAGCCACGGCUGCUUUCUUUCCUGUAGACCACGUCAGUGUGCAGUAUCUCCAACAGACAGGUCGAGAAGCUGAGAAGCUUGGCUACAUUUCUCAGUAUCUGACAGCAGUAGGCAUGUUUAGAGAUUACAGCAAUGAAGUUCAGGAUCCAGAUUUCACAAAGGUUGUUGAACUUGACCUUAGCACAGUUGUCCCUUGCUGCAGUGGUCCGAAGAGGCCACAGGAUAGAGUGGCCGUAUCAGAAAUGAAGCAGGACUUUGAGGCUUGUUUAGCGGCCAAGCAAGGUUUUAAGGGGUUUCAAGUGCCGCUUGAGUGCCAAGAUGUUAGCAUACCAUUCCAGUAUAAUGGUGUGGACUACUCCCUCUCUCAUGGCUCUGUGGUUAUUGCUGCCAUCACCAGCUGCACCAAUACCAGUAAUCCCUCAGUCAUGCUGGGUGCAGGUCUCUUAGCCAAGAAGGCCAUCCAGUGUGGCUUGAGUGUAAAGCCUUACAUUAAGACCAGCCUUUCUCCUGGUAGUGGAGUGGUCACCUAUUAUCUAAGAGAAAGUGGGGUCAUGCAGUACCUUGCGGAACUAGGUUUUGAGGUGGUUGGUUAUGGCUGUAUGACCUGCAUAGGGAACAGCGGGCCCCUUCCAGAGCCAGUUGUAGAAGCCAUCACUCAGGGUGAUCUGGUAGUAGCAGGAGUUCUGUCUGGCAACAGGAACUUUGAGGGCCGUGUUCACCCGAACACACGGGCCAACUACCUGGCCUCUCCUCCUCUGGUCAUUGCUUAUGCUAUUGCAGGCACAGUGAGGAUAGACUUUGAAAAGGAGCCUAUUGCAGUGAAUGCAGAGGGGAAGGAGAUUUUCCUGAGGGACAUCUGGCCCACGCGAGAGGAGAUUCAGGCUGUGGAGAGACAGUUUGUUAUUCCUGCAAUGUUCAAAGAGGUCUACGAGAAAGUGGAGAAAGUAAACGAGCGUUGGAACUCACUCAGUGUUUCCUCUGACAAGCUCUACAGCUGGGACCCCAAGUCCACCUACAUCAAGUCUCCACCAUUCUUCGAAGGACUGACCAAAAAGCUCCAGCAGCCCAAGUCUAUAGUGGACGCAUAUGUGCUGCUCAAUUUAGGAGAUUCUGUGACCACCGACCACAUCUCUCCUGCCGGAAACAUCGCUCGUAACAGCCCUGCUGCUCGAUACCUGACAAGCCGUGGAUUGACACCUCGAGAGUUUAACUCGUACGGCUCUCGGCGAGGCAAUGAUGCUGUCAUGGCUCGUGGAACAUUUGCCAACAUCCGCCUCUUCAACAAGUUCCUCAAUAAGCAGGCGCCUCAUACCAUCUACCUGCCCACUGGAGACAUGCUGGACGUAUUUGACGCUGCAGAGAAAUAUCAACAGGAAGGGCACCCCCUGCUUGUGCUAGCUGGGAAAGAGUAUGGCUCUGGUAGUUCCAGAGACUGGGCUGCCAAAGGACCUUUCUUACUGGGAAUCAAAGCUGUGCUGGCUGAGAGCUAUGAGCGAAUCCACCGGAGCAACCUGGUGGGUAUGGGCGUCAUUCCGCUGGAGUAUCUUCCAGGAGAAACGGCCGAUAGUCUUGGGCUUACAGGCCGAGAACGCUACACCGUGGUCAUCCCUCCACAGCUCACCCCCAGGAUGGUUGUUGACAUAAAGCUGGACACAGGGAAGACCUUCCAGGCAAGGAUGCGUUUCGACACUGACGUUGAGCUCACCUACUUCCACCACGGCGGCAUCCUUAAUUACAUGAUCCACAAAAUGACCGAAUAAAGACCCCCUCGUUCCCCUCCAGUGCACUUGGCAAGCUUGAACGUUCUAAUCUUUCGUCCACGGGACUGAAUUUACUUCAUAUUUCUUUUCAUUUGGAAGAGCAAACUGAUAUUAUUUUGCCUUAUUUGACUUUGUGUUGGUCAGUUGUUUGUGUGAGCUCAAAAAAUAAUAAUAAUAAUACAUUUCACAUGGAACAAACACUACAUACUGCACAGUCCUUGAUUCAAGGGGGGUGAUGGUGAUAGUGAUGGUGAUGAGGCUAGUUAUUGGCUGAAUCCUGUAAUAACACUGAGAUUCAAACAGCACACUAACAGGCUAGGGAAUAAAGCUUGAGCUUUAGUGAUAACAUGAGGGCCUGUGAUCGAAAGAGCCUAAUAAGGUUAGUUAAAGAGCACCAGCGCAGUUAAACAUGGGCUUAAGGAUCGAGCCUGAGAUUUAGAGAAUCAUUAGAUUCCAUUACUAUAGUGACCGAUCAAGGUGGGUUCACAUCCACCAGUAGUUUUGCCUGUAGCUCUACCUCAGUGGUACCCAAAAAUAUCUUUCAUCUCUAUUCCAGUGUCUGCAUUAAUAUAAUUUUAAACAUUAUGUACUGAUCAUUACUGAAAUAAAUUAUAUUUUUACAUGGAGAAUUCUUUACAAAAAGUUAAAGAUGUUUAAGAACUGCAACUGAAUGUCAGUCUGGUCCAUCCAAAGUAACUGAAAUAGUAACGUUUUGGUACUUGCUAUAUCUAGUCCUCACUUCCUCUUUAACAUCUUUCGUUGUCUUUUUUUAGCCAGUCUAGUAGUAUUACCCAACUAGUGUUACUGUUAACUUACCAAUGAUUCAGACGGCUAAGACUGAAAUGCUGACUUUACUGUAUGCUGUAACAGUAAUCAGAUAAUCUGUAAUCGUAAUGCGUAGAUCUUUGAAAGUGCCUGCAACAAACUGUACGUCUCUGCACUUAGACAACAUUAGACAUGCCAGACCGCAUGUAUGCACUUUUACCAUCCGGUCUGUUGAUCAAUCUAUUGUGAGCCAUUCCUGUACAGUAUCUGCUGUGUUUCUGUAGCUGAAUUAAGUUUGUUCGUUUGGAGGAACGUGAAGGCGCGAGUGAAGUCCUAAUACAGCCGUGUCUCAGUAGCAUUAACGCACAACUCGCGUUAGACAUUAGCAGCUACCCAAAUACUCCACAUCAUGACUGAGACCAGGAUAGAAAAUAAAUGCAGCGUUUACGUGUUUCAGUAAUGUGUACGUCUCUCUCUCUCUCUCUCUCUCUCUCUCUCUCUCUCUCUCUCUCUCUCUCUCUCUCUCUCUCUCUCUCUCUUUCUCUCUCUCUCUCUUUCUUUCUUUUCGGUAAUACCAAAUCCAUCAGAUAACCACAGCUGUCUUGUCUUUCUGUGCUCCUCUGUUUUCAAGAUGAUUCAAAUCUGUUAACCGUUUUUAACUUUAGCCAAAUAAAAGGUUUUUCUGAUGAA